CCACUCCUGUAGCCACACUUACGCCGAAGACUUCCAUCAGCCCACAAAUCGGCGGCGCUCCGAUCAUCCGAGGUCUUUUUCUGUCCCUCUCAGCAUCUCUCUCUCUCUCUCUCUCUCUCAUUCUAUUUAUCCUUAAGCUCUGUUUCACAGAGCUCCUCUUUCUUGCGGAUCUCGAAGACGGCAACAAUCGACUUCGCAAAUGCUCUACCUCAGUGUUGUGAAAUGGAUUGCUUCAAAUGACUUGAUUUGGUCUCACGCUCAGUCAAAGAAAAAGGUUUUGCAUCUUGGUCGACUGAUUUUGUUAGGGAUUUUGUUUUGGUUAAUAGUGAUCAACCGAUUCCGUUAGGCUAACAGCAGAUCUGCUGAUUCUGCGUACCUACUCUGAAAUCCAAACCGAUAUUCUUGCUCACCAACUUAAAAAAGUUAUUCUAUUCUCGAGCGGUAAGGUUCUUUAAGAUAUAUGUAGGAUGUGUGAUUUUCUGGAACUUGUGGUUGGGAAACAUGGUGGAUAAAUUUGAAGAUUUAGUGUUAUGGAUAUAAUAGUACUCUCUUCGCUGAUGCUUUGUGGUUAAUCAUUAAUGUGGAGUAUGCAGAAACUAAUAACAUUCUAUGUGAUAUUUCUAUGCUCGUUCACACCAUCUCAAUCUUUUGCAAGCUGAAAAUAUUCUAUGUAAAAUUUUCUCUGUCCUUUCGGGUUGUUGGAAGAGCAAGAGAAUACAAUGCCAUAGAUCCCCAUGUAGCGCUAGUUGUAACACCCUGAUUUUCGGAAAUGUUAAUUAAAUGAAUUUGAGUAAAUUGCGGAAUACUUUAGACAUUCAUUUAAUUAAAACGAGUCUGAUUACAAAAGGGAAAGUACAAGGGUGAGCCAUCUAUCUAAUCAUAGUGAUAAACAAUUGUUGUUUCAUGAGUAAAUCGGUUCAUUUGUGGCUGUGCAUAAGUCUUCUCAUGGUUCAACUUAUUUUAUGGGGCCAAGCUACUAGAAUGAGUUCAUGGUAAUAAGUAAUGGGGUUUAUAAAGUUGUAACAUAUGUUGCUUCUUUAGGUCCCACCUAAUUGCUGCCCUGGUUCUAUUUAUUUCUUUUCUCCUUUUAUACAUUGUCAACAUAUUAUCGGUGUACCCGUACUAAUGCACAAAUGAUUUUUCUUCUUUGCAGAGUGCCUACUUUUAAGCUUUUUAUCCGCUUGCUGACUUGAUUAUGUAUUGCUCGAGUUUUUUAUCCUAUGUAUCUGUCCAGAGAAGCCUGGAGGAAUCAUUGUUUUGCUUGAUGAAGCCUGCAUGUUUCCAAAGUCAACUCUUGAAACAUUUUCACAAAAGCUUUUAUCAGACAUUCAAGUCUCACAAGGGAUUUAUCAAGCCAAAACUGUCUCGUACAGAUUUUGCCAUUGCUCACUAUGCAGGGGAGAUAGGACAAACGAAGUUGUUCUUAAGAACCGGCCAGAUGGCCGAGCUAGAUGCACGUAGGGCAGAAAAACUUAACAAGGCAGCCAAGACUAUUCAAAGAAAGAUGAGAACUCAUAUUAGUCGCAAACGAUUUAUUGCAAUACGGAGGGCUACUAUUUGCAUACAAUCUAUAUGGAGUGGAAGACUUGCUUGCAAAUUGUACGAGACCAUGAAAAGGGAGGCAGCUACUGUUAAGAUACAGACAACUUCACAUAGGCACUUGGCUAGAAUGGCAUAUAUCAGAAUCAAGUCCUCAGUGCUUGUCUUGCAGACAGGUUUGCAUGCAAUGGCUGCUCGCAAUGAAUUCAGAUGUAGAAAGCAGACUAAGGCAUCAAUUAUUAUUCAGGCCCAUUGGCGUGGUCAUAGAGAUUUUUCACACCACAAGAAACUCAGGAAGGCAUCGAUAGUUACACAAUGUAGAUGGCGGGGGAGAAUUGCCAAGAGAGGGCUUCGAAAACUAAAGAUGGUAAGGAGAUGGAGUUGCUUUUUGGCAGUUUACCAAGAUGGAGUUGAAGACUUUUUGGUAGUUAAAUAGAACACUUGUUUUGAGUUCUUUUUGUCAUUGGACACACCAUGGAUAUGGAUGUUUUGUAAGUUUCGGUAAUGCUGUUAAGUUUGAAGUGGUUAUUGUUGUAGGAUGAAUGUUUUGAAGGGUUGUAAAGUUGGAUGAUGAAUUUAGACUUAUUGGAUAUUUGAUUUGAAUGAUAUUUUGAUUCUUCACAA